AUGUCUUUAAAAUUAGAAGAUCCUACAUCACCGAAGAACUCACAAUUUCUUAAUACAAAUGAUAAUAAUAACAAUCACAAUCAAAAAAUAAUUACAUCACCGUCACUAUUACCGUCGUCGGCAAUUAGAACAAAUACACAAGGAUCAUCAGCUUCAUUAUCAAGUUUAACAGAAAGAUCAUCAUCAUCACUAUCUGGAAACUUAACAUCAAGACAAUCACAACAACCAAGACAAUUAGAAACAGCAGAAUCAUUACUACAAAAACAAAACAAACCUAACAACAAUGACGAUAUAAUAGAUGAAACUCAUGUAUCAUUAGACCUAUUAGAUUACAAAUCAUUAACACUAGAAAACAAAGGAUCAGUAGCAAGAGAUCAUAUGGCCAACGAACGAACAUUUUUAGCUUGGUUAAGAACAUCAUUAUCAUUUAUAACUUUAGGUAUUGGAGUAACUCAAUUAUUUAGAUUAGAAAAACCAAAUACAAAAGUUCAUACUACUAAUUCAAUUAUUUUAUUAGCUAAUGAUUUAAAAGGUGAUGAUUUGAAAAAAUAUGGGAAACCUUUAGGUGCUAUAUUUAUAAUAAUUGGAAUAUUAACUUUAUUAUUUGGAUUCAAUAGGUAUUUUUAUGUUCAGAAAUUGUUAACUAAAAAUUUUUACCCUGCUACUAGAUUAGGUAUAAUGGUGCUAAUAUUUUUGAUUAUAUCUGUUAUAUUAGUGACUUUAGUCCACGGUUCAUUAGCUCGUGCUGGUAAAGUUAAAUCACAAACUCCAAAAGUUGAAAAACAAGAAAAACCAAAAAAACCACAAGGUAGAGCUUACAUGAGAUUAUUAUAUACUAGAAGAUUCGUCAAUGUUACCUUAACCAAUGGUAAAAGAAAAAUGAAUGCUCAAUCUGCUUAA